GCAGGAUCCUCAGGGGGAUUUCUCCAGUGGCAUCAGCUAUGUCACACAGCAGGCCAGGCUGGCCUUGCAGCAGUGCUGGCCUCAGCUAGGAGCAGGGUAAGCAGAUGUGGCACCACCACAGCCCAGAUGAGCUGCAGGACAAAUGGGGGCGCCAGGAAACACCACGAGACUCCAGAAAGUCUGAAAUUCAGAGCCUCUGGGACCACAUGGAGCAGGCAGCCUUCCCACAGGCUGCUGUUUAGCUCUGCCUCCCCUCUUCCCCCCGCAGGAGGCUCGGCAAUCUGCAGGGGCCAUUCGCUCCCUGUUGCUGGGCAAUCUGGCUACUGAAACCACAACAGCGUCCGUGGGGAUGGAGUCCGUCUGUCCUGGGCUGUGCCGCAGUUCCCAGCGCUGCCUGCAGGGAGGGACCCGGCAGCAGCACCAUGUUCGCCACAGUGAGAUUCGGAGCCAACUGCCAAGAGAUGGUGAACCUGCUCUGCUCUGUCCAGACCCUCACAGGCCACCUGAAAUGGAAGUGCCAGUGCAGGCCUGAAGACUGCAUUGAUCUGAUGGAUGAAAAGGGCACCCUGAUGAAUCUGAUCAAGGUGGAGGAUCCUGCGUCUGAAUAUGCCAGUAAACACCUGCAGGGAAGGCAGCGCUACAUCCUCCUCAGAGCUGUCCGAGAAGAAAACUCUGAAGCCAUCUGCUAUGAAUCCUUGCUUGAGGACCUGGGGAAACACUACCCUGAGCUCCCAGCAGGGAAACAACUCUGGAGGGGCUUGGUCACCCCACAGAUCGGCUGCAGCAGCUCUCAGCAAAGACCCAGAGGACAGAGCAGAGGAAGAAGGGCUCCUUGCAGAGGGCUCAGCCUCACACCAGCACCCGAGCCAGGAACAGGAGCACCUCACAGAGCAAGAGGAGCCUGGAACACAAGAGCACCCCUAGAUGAGGGGCAGACCCAUCACUGGUCAGCACAGCCCCCACCAGGUUCUUAUUCCAGCACAGCAGAGCCCCCUGUACUGAGCCCCUCCCCCUGGGAUCCCCUGUCCCCAUCGAGAUUCACACAUCCCAAGCUGUGGCACCCUGGUUUUUUAAGAUUUUCUGAGCCUUCUGAUGUUGACAUUCUUGUAGUGAACUUUCUCACACACUUUCUGUAAAUAACUAAUUGUUUUGUAUUCCUUUAUGGAUGAGGAGAAAGUUGAUGGACUGUUGGUCUGUCCAGUGUCAUUGGAGAGGUGGCACUGUCACCCUCCAAUCCACU